GGUGAGAGGACGGAGCGGAUAGAAACAGCAAGAAAAUGUUAUCCCUAGCCGCCCGACGUGGAUUCGGGCGGGCUGUGGGUGUUCAGCAGCAGCACCAGUUUCGGGCUUUCUCGUGGGGUGUGGUGCCCGCAACGAUUCCAAAGAACAACGCAAUGAAGGUAACCAACUUCAAAGUGGCAAAUCUGGACGCUUCGGGCUUGAACCACCCCUCAUUUGGCAACGGGCAGAGGAUGAUCAGUAAGCAUGGUUUCAAGUACUAGGUUCUUGUCAUGUUUGUCGGUUUCAGACUUCUUUGGUUCAGGGACAGAAGAAGAAGCGAAAUGCGAGGAAAGUUUUUUAUUUGUAAAGUCACAGCAACGAGUCUUAACGUACGAAAUCACGAAAACCAAAUCACAGAACCGGAUUCCGCGCUAGGUUGGGGCCUACUGGGUCUCUGGAUUACGAGCUUGUACUAUGGAUUUUGGUGUUUGAAAUGGCACCACCCAGGAAACUAUCAAAUGUAAAAAUGUCUGGGUCUGGAAGAAUUCGAGACUUAUCAUAUCAUGCAGCUUUUGCAUGACCGAUGAGGUCUGGAAUGCAGGACCUAGCAUGACAGAUUCUGUACGAUCUUUCUCAUGCCUAUCCUGCAUGAGAAACUGCCUCCCGACUUGGUCAAAACUGGGAGACUUUUGGCAAUCAUGCAACACAGAUUUUUGCAUGCUUCAGAUUUGGCAUGACAAGUUGCAUUCUUCCAGACCCAGACACUUUUGCAUUUGAUAGAAACUUUCCACCGGAAUGGACAAACUACGAGCGCGGGUGGUUGUAGGGUGCUAUCCUGUGCAAAAGCAUUGUAUUCGUAUAAAUGCAAGUCUUGCAUUACAAAUCUUUCUUUUAAGGCAAAUCAGCAUUACAAAUUUUAUUUCUCAUGCUGAGAAAAUUUGUAAUGCAUUUAUACGAGUACGAUACUUUUGCAGUUCAUAGGUGCUUCACAGUGGCAAUCUUCCUCGUCCGAAAAACGCAUUCACAAUACCGCCUUUCAAAGAUUGCAAUUACUACUGCCCUCCGGCGCUAAUGACUGAAUCUGACCUGAUAAUUGAUUCAUCCGCCGAGCACACCGAGUCCGAGAAACAAAAAUGUUACAGACAAGCAUAUAAUCGAUGGUGCUUAUGAUCUACGUCCGCUGUCGCUGUGAUCGCGCAGAUUGACACAAGCGAAACGAGACGACUAAUCUAACAGUUUUGAGCAGGGGUUCGUCAUCCUUUGAUAGAAAAGCUUUGGAAAUGAUCUCCACGCUCUUGAACACUGUUUGUAAGAAGAACAGGUGAGGUCGUAUGCCGAGCCCGAUUCCGAG